UCACUUCCGGGGCUGCUCCGCCCCACGUGCAAACGUUGGCUGCCGGCUUGGAUCGAGCUGCACCUCAGUGACAGUCUUUCGCCAUGAAUCGCAAGAAGGUGGACAACCGCAUCCGGGUCCUCAUCGAGAAUGGUAUAGCCCAGCGGCAGAGGUCGCUGUUUGUUAUCGUCGGGGAUCGAGCAAAGGACCAGGUGGUAAUACUCCACCACAUGUUGUCCAAGGCGACCGUGAAGGCUCGGCCCUCUGUGCUGUGGUGUUACAAGAAAGAGCUGGGCUUCAGCAGCCACAGAAAGAAAAGGAUGCGGCAGCUGCAGAAGAAAAUCAAGAGCGGGACGCUGAACAUAAAGCAGGACGACCCCUUUGAACUUUUCGUUGCGGCCACAAACAUCCGCUAUUGCUACUACAACGAGACGCACAAGAUCCUGGGCAACACCUUCGGCAUGUGUGUCCUCCAGGAUUUUGAAGCCUUGACCCCAAACUUGCUGGCCAGGACUGUGGAAACGGUGGCAGGCGGUGGGCUGGUGGUCAUCCUCCUGCGGACCGUGAAUUCACUCAAGCAGUUGUACACCAUGACCAUGGACGUGCACUCCCGGUACAGAACAGAAGCCCAUCAGGACGUGGUGGGGAGAUUCAAUGAGCGGUUUAUUCUCUCACUGGCCUCUUGUAAGAAGUGUCUCGUCAUCGAUGACCAGCUCAACAUCCUGCCCCUCUCCUCCCACAUUGCCAACAUCGAGGCCCUGCCCCCCAAGACUCCGGAGGAGAGUCUGGGUCCUUCUGAUGUGGCGCUGAGGGAGCUAAAGGAGAGCUUGCAGGACACGCAGCCUGUGGGCGUGCUGGUGGACUGCUGCAAGACCCUGGACCAGGCCAAAGCCGUCCUGAAAUUCAUCGAGGGCAUCUCGGAGAAGACCCUGCGGAGCACGGUGGCGCUCACAGCGGCCCGAGGAAGAGGGAAGUCCGCAGCCCUGGGCUUGGCCAUUGCAGGGGCCGUGGCAUUUGGGUACUCCAAUAUCUUUGUCACCUCCCCCAGCCCUGACAACCUCCACACUCUGUUUGAGUUUGUGUUUAAAGGAUUCGAUGCGCUGCAGUAUCAGGAACACCUGGAUUAUGAGAUUGUUCAGUCUUUGAACCCCGAGUUCCACAAGGCCGUGAUCAGAGUGAACGUGUUCCGCGAGCACAGGCAGACCAUCCAGUACAUCCACCCGGCCGAUGCGCUGAAGCUGGGCCAGGCGGAGCUGGUGGUGAUCGACGAGGCCGCCGCCAUCCCCCUGCCCCUGGUGAAAAGCCUGCUCGGCCCGUACCUCGUCUUCAUGGCCUCCACCAUCAACGGCUACGAGGGCACUGGCCGGUCACUGUCCCUCAAGCUGAUCCAGCAGCUCCGCCAACAGAGCGCCCAGAGCCAGGUCAGCACGACCGCCGAGAACAAGAUGACCACCACAGCCAGGCUGGCAUCAGCUCGGACGCUGCACGAGGUGUCCCUGCAGGAGUCCAUCCGGUACGCACCUGGGGACGCGGUGGAGAAGUGGCUCAACGACCUGCUGUGCCUGGACUGUCUCAGCAUCACCCGCAUCAUCUCGGGCUGCCCCCUGCCUGAAGCCUGCGAGCUCUACAUUGUCAACAGAGACACCCUCUUUUGCUACCACAAGGCCUCAGAGGUUUUCCUCCAGCGGCUCAUGGCCCUCUGUGUGGCCUCUCACUACAAGAACUCACCCAACGACCUCCAGAUGCUGUCUGAUGCGCCCGCCCAUCACCUCUUCUGCCUCCUGCCUCCCGUGCCCCCCACCCAGAACGCCUUGCCGGAGGUGCUGGCUGUCAUCCAGGUGUGCCUGGAGGGCGAGAUUUCCCGCCAGUCCGUCCUAAACAGUUUGUCUCGAGGCAAGAAGGCUUCAGGGGACCUGAUCCCGUGGACCGUGUCAGAACAGUUCCAAGAUCCAGACUUCGGGGGUCUCUCUGGUGGAAGGGUUGUCCGCAUUGCUGUUCACCCAGAUUAUCAAGGGAUGGGCUACGGCAGCCGAGCGCUGCAGCUGCUGCAGAUGUACUAUGAAGGCAGGUUCCCGUGCCUGGAGGAGAAGGUCGUGGAGACGUCGCAGGACAUCCACACCGUCAGCAGCGAGGCCGUCAGCUUGUUGGAAGAGGUGUUGACCCCACGAAAGCACCUGCCUCCCUUGCUCCUCAAGAUGAGCGAGAGGCCUGCCGAGCACCUGGACUACCUGGGCGUUUCCUACGGCCUCACCCCCCAGCUCCUCAAGUUCUGGAAACGAGCAGGAUUUGUCCCUGUGUACCUGAGGCAGACCCCGAACGACCUGACCGGAGAGCACUCGUGCAUCAUGCUGAAGACGCUGUCCCAAGAGGAUGAGACGGACCGGGGAGCCUGGCUCUCUGCCUUUUGGAAAGAUUUCCGCCGGCGGUUCCUGGCCCUGCUCUCCUACCAGUUCAGCACCUUCUCGCCCGCUCUGGCACUGAGCGUCAUUCAGAACAGGAACAUCGGCACGCCGGCCCAGCCCGCCCUGAGCCGGGAGGAGCUGGCAGCGCUCUUCCUCCCGUAUGACCUGAAGAGACUGGAGAUGUACUCGAGGAAUAUGGUGGACUAUCACCUCAUCAUGGACAUGAUCCCCACCAUCUCCCGGCUCUACUUCCUCAACCAGCUGGGCGACUUGUCCCUGUCGGCAGCCCAGGCGGCUCUUCUGCUGGGCAUUGGCCUGCAGCACAAGUCUGUGGACCAGCUGGAAAAGGACAUUGAUCUGCCUGCCGGCCAGCUGAUGGGCCUCUUCAACCGGGUCAUCCGCAAAGUGGUGAAGCGCUUCAGUGACGUGCAGGAAAAGGCCAUUGAGCAGCAGAUGGUGGCCGUGAAGGAUGUGGUCAUGGAGCCGACGGUGAAGACCCUGAGGGAUGAGCUGGAGGAGGCCGCAAAGGAAUUCCAGGAGAAGCACAAGAAGGACGUGGGGAGGCUGAAGGACAUGGACCUUUCCCAAUACGUGAUCCGUGGGGAUGACGAAGAGUGGGACCAAGUGUUAAACAGAGCCGGGCAGAAUGCUUCCGUCGUCAGCCUGAAAAGUGACAAGAAAAGGAAGCUGGAAGCCAAACAAGAACCCAAGCAGUACAAAAAGUUAAAGAAAAACAGAGACACGCUGAACAAGAAAGACCCAAAAGUGAAGCGGAAGAAGUAGCGGGGCUGCACGCACGCACUCGGGCGCCUGGGGAGGAAGCUGUCAUGGCAGGCACAGCCCGCCAAACCUCUGAGGACAGGCACAAGUGUCCUGGGGUGGGCAAGCGCAGCUCAAGGCCAAGUCACUUCUGGGGUUCUGCUGAGGACCCUCUGCUUGCACUGCCAAGGGUCGCCUUCCCCUACCAUUGGCACCAUUCGUUCAUGUUCUGCCCUGGGCCUCGACCUGACCCAUUCCCACCAGUACAGAAGCCACCACUGUGUCGCUGCUGCGCCUGUCCUGACCGACGCUGACCCCUGGGACAGUAGGGACUCUGCCGUCAGGUCAGGCAGCCGUGGUUCCAGCACAGGAUCUGACACUCCUGCAGGCUCCGUGCCUCAGAAAACCCGCGUGUGGCCUGCGCUGCACCCAGAGCCUCUGGGGACUUCAUCCACUUGGACAGUAGUGCUGGGAGAAGCCCCUUUGGCUAGCUGGGCUGAGGGGAAUAGAGAAUCUAUUUUAAAUACAUAAUACCCAUGAAGGGCCAGCUGUCAGGGGCGCUCAUUAAACCCGUAGCAGUA